AUGAAUUACCUUAAUUAUAAUCGCUUCGCUGAUACACCAGACCAAAAUGCCUCAACAAACUUGGAUCAGGACUUAAGAAGCUCAAGAUCGGAUAAGUAUGCCAAAUCUGAACCUGAGGUUAAGGCAUGGCUUUUCAAGGUUUUGAAAUUGCCACAAUCUCGAGUUGACGAAUACAAUUCAUACAAUUUGGAUUUGAUGGACAUUUUGAAAGAUGGAGAACUUCUUUGUAAGCUAGGACUAUUACUUGACUUACAAAAUAAUCCCUGUAGUAAAUAUAAGAAUUCGAAGAUGCCAUUCGUUCAAAUGGAGAACAUCUCUUUUUACCUUAAGGCUUGCGAAUUGAUUGGAGUUCCCCAUGAUGAGAUUUUCCAAACUGUAGAUUUAUUCGAAGCAAAAGACCCGUACCAGGUGAUAGUAACUAUGAUAUCAUUUUCUAGAAGGGCAAACGAAAAUAAUAAGAUUAACUUCGCUAAUGUGUUGGGGCCAAAAAAGGCAAAGGUAAAGCCUCCAGUACCUAAGAAGCCGUUAAGGUUACUGAAGUAG